AAACUCUUGUGAGUAGAAUCGGAAAUCGUAGGUGUCAUCGCACCAGUGCGAAGACGCGCGAUAAACGGACAGAAAAGGUUGUCCAUGUUCGUGUGUUUGAACUACGAAUUCCGAGUGUUCACGACUGCGAGAACAAGGGGGUAGAAGUGCGCCGUGUUACGUCACACGCGACACAGAAUUAUCAUUUUCGUGGUGGCCGAAGAUCGGCCGUCUCUCUCCCCUAAUCGUCGGUUGCCUUUUGCCACGAGGUGUGGCUAGUGAUUUAUUUUCUUUUCGUAAACAAAAGCCCGUCUUGAUACAGACGGUAAUAAAGUGUUUACUAACGCGCGCCUUGUCUCAAGCAAUCUAGGCGCGUCAUCAGCAUAACCUAAAAAUCCCUAAUCGUUCAUGUUGCAAAAUUGCACGGGCAUAAUUGGCCCUUGUUGUCGCACAUAAAUCACCUCGGCUUGACCCUCGCCGUGGUCUCUAAUUUAUAGUGAGUUAAUUAAAUUUGCCUUUAAACUAGACACUAUUUCAUCAUAUUAAAGAUUACACCGGAAAUUAUUCAAAAUUCCGGUCCCCACUAAGAAACGAGAAAGCGCCCAACGAACAGGCGAUAGAAAUCUACAAAUCAGUGGCGAAGAUACAUCGUCAACUGGUACCAUGAACAAUAAACGAAAAAACCGCUCCAAUCCAGCUAGAUCCCCAAGGGGACGAGGUCCCCAAGAGCGAAGUGUUGUAGCUGAAGGUGUUUAUAAUAAUGCUCAUUUUAUGCAUGCAAUAACAAGUCAUGUUGGCAAUACAGUACAGAUUCAAACUUUAAAUGGCUCACUUUACGAAGGUAUCUUUAGGACUUUCUCAAGUCAGUUCGAAGUAGUACUAGAAAUGGCUCAUCGUGUAGAAAAUUCAGGCAAAAUUUGUGUUGAUACUGUAGUUGAAAAACUUAUAUUUAAGCCACAAGAUAUAAUUACAAUGUCUGCAAAAGACGUUGAUUUGGGUUACGCAAUAAGAGAUACAUUUCAAACUGAUACAGCUAUUAGUAAGUAUAAUGGAAUAACGGAAGAAAAAGAACUAGAGCCUUGGGAUGCACCCUCAACAAUAAAUGGCGAUGAUUAUGAAUUAGAUGGAGCUGCUAAUGGUUGGCCUGCUCACGAAAUGUUUAGUAAAAAUGAACAAGUUUAUGGUGUUCAAACUACAUUUGAACCUUCUUUAGCUGGUUAUACUUUACCUUUGCAGCGCAAAGAUACUAAAGAAUUUAAAGAUCAAGAACAAAAAGCUGCAGAAAUAGCUAAUGAGAUAGAAUCUCAAGCAGAACACAAAGCACGAUUAGAUUUAGAAAAUGGCGAUGAAGAGGAACGUUUUGCUGCUGUAAUAAGACCAACGUCUAACGAAGGUAAAUAUGUUCCUCCUGCCAAGAGAAAUAGUGUUAAUACAGGUAAAUUAACACGAUCCACACCGCCGCCACCUUCAUCUGGUCCAGGAAAUAAUAAAGUUUUCAAUCAACCUCCUCCGGUUAAUACAAAUUCGCCGCAGACAGGCAACAUUCCAGUUGGUGGUUCAACCAAUCAUCCUCCUGUGCAACAUGCUGUUAUGCCUAUGCCACCAAGUGGUGUUGUUGUUGCUUAUAAUACACCACCACCAUUCGUACCACCGCCAACUACUACUCAACCUCCAUCUGGUGCUCCAGUACCAGUUAUGGCUCCAGUUCAGCCACAACCACAACACGGUUCAACAAUUCCUCAAGUUACUUUUAUUCCUCAACAGCAACCACCACCUCCAAAUAAGUUGAAUCUUGAUAAACGUGAACGUCUGGGGCGGCAGCAAGGCUAUCAGGCAGAUAAAGCUCCUCCUGCACCAUUCCCUCAAACAACAGCUUCACAUCAACAACAAUCUUCUCCACAUACUCCGCAUACUCCACUUCAGCAGCAGAAUUCGAUAGAGAAUCAACGCAGUGAUCUUCUGACUCCUAAAACUGAACACAGAAAAAUUCCUACUCCAAGAAGUAGAGAAGAGCAGCACGCAGAGCUUCGUCAAUUUUCUACUGAUUUUAAAUUAGCAGAAUCUUCAAAUCAGGAGCCACCAUCAAUGCCUCGAAAGCAGCAGCAACAGCAACAACAACAACCGCAACAGCAGCCACAUCAUCAUCAAGAUGCUCAUACACCACAAACGAUGCCUCAAUCACAUCAUCCUCCAGUUCAUCAACACCCACCAACUCCUCAACAGCAGCAGUCAGCACCUCCAACAUCACAUCAAACUCCUCAUCAACAACAACAUCAGUCUGUACCCGAGGAACCAAUCGUUACAGGCAAACCACCACCUGGUCCUGUAUCCGUCAGAACUAUUACACCACCUCAAGCUCAGACGCAAACUUCGCCUUCUAUUCAACCGAGCAUAGAACCUGCUGUUGAAAAAAUUACCACUGCCUUUAAGAAGUCAACGUUAAAUCCAAAUGCGAAAGAGUUUAAUCCUAAUGCCAAACCAUUUACUCCGCGUUCACCUAGUACACCAACUCCCAGUAGACCACACACACCCCAAACUCCUCAAUAUUCUGGAGCUAUGCCUGCAACGGUGGUCAUGACUCCUGCUUAUGUAAUGACGAGUCAACCACCCGCGGCAUUCUCACAGCCACAGGCCCAACCUGUACCAAGGUUCCGGAAGGGUCAAUAUCUAGUACCAAUGAUGCAACAUCGAGCGCCGGAUAUUGCGUCACAAAUGCAAGUAGCAGCAGCUACAGGUCAACCUUUACUCGCUCCAGGGCCUCUUCAUCCAUCAUUUCAGGUGCCUUAUCCAGGUCAGCCAGCUUAUCAGCAAAUGGUACGUAUGGUGCAAGCACCACCGCCACCGCCACAUAUGGCUACGCCUUAUCAUCAUCAUCACGAAUCUCCGGGACCUCAAAAUCCUGGUAUUCAGUAUAUGGGACCCCAUGGACAUCCUCAUCAGCAUCACGUAGGACAACAGCCUCCUAAUCAAGCGCCAUCGCCAGCUAACCCAAAUCCUCCCCACACACCUGGUGCAUAUAAUCCACCAGGUACCCCUCAACCGUCGUAUCCACAGCCUCCACCGCAAGGCCACGCGCCCAGUUACCCAAUUAUGUGUCCAUUAAUUCCACCACACAUACCUAUUCCCCCUCAACAUAUGCCCUAUCUUCAACCGCAGCCACCACCUGGUGCUCAACAAGCUAUACCAGUUAUUUUACCCCAUAAUCAGUAGCCACGAAGACAAUCGAGAAGAGAGAAACGUUAGUAUUUCUGCUGAAACGCUAGGCAGUAAAGAACAUGAAGUGAAGCCGUAUGCUCUGGAUUUUUAUUUUAUUUCGCUAACAAUGAAGUAAAAGUACGGAAUACAAGAUCGUAUAUACACUAGUAUACUUAUAUAUCGAGAUCUUACAUACUUGCUAUUGGUUUUUUGCUGUUAGCUAAUAUUAAAGCUCUUUACUUUUUCCUGCUAAUAAUUAUCACUCUUCUUACAGCUUUGAAAACGUACCUUAUUAUUUGUUUUUCACUGGGUACUAAACUGUUGGGUGACUAACUAAAUUUGUUCUUGAGUCUAUUAUUUCUCUUCGGCAAAAAACCAUACUGUGAGUUUAGAAAUGCAAAAAGUAAGUAAGAAGAAUAAGAAAAAAAUGUGAAAAGGAAUAAAAAAAGAGCAUUGCGUCUAAACACGUGUUCGAAUAAACGUUUUCUAACUUCUUGAAGUAAUUCUCUCAACUUUGGAAUGUUUAAAUUUCCAAUUGUCGGCUCGAUUGUCAUCAAAUCUGCCAAUCUUACGAUUUAGGUCGUAAAACGAUGAGCAGUAGCCUUGCAUGUGAAAUCUCGGGACUUUCACAUGACUUUUAUUUAAUUUUUUUGUCCCCGAUUGUUUUAUUAUCGAUCAAUUCAACUAAAUUAUUAAUAUAGCCAGUUAAUUACUAUCCAAAGUGAUUUACUAAUUAACUGACUUUUUCUGAAUCUGUUUUGUUUCUUCGGAAACAUUCUCUAUUUGCCGAUGUAUGUCAUUUCAUCAAAUCAGUUGCCUCUCACUUUCUAAAUAAAAUUUUCAGCUCGAUUAAUUACGCGAACAAACUAUUUCAACGUGCUGGAUCACAUUUGAAGGCCUUUCUUGAGUGAUUCUUGUACUCACUACAAGCAUAUUAAUUCGCAAUCAUAACUUAAUUAUGAAAAAAAGCUGUGAGCUCUUAUAUAACGUGAGAACUUUACUACCACUUGUCCCACUCUGUAGUUUACAAAUCUGAUAAAUAUGAAAAAAAAAUCUAAUAAUGAAGAUCAACAUGCCCGCAUGAUCUUAAAGAGGUUUGAAAAACUGAUUGUUGAAUGCAAUUAAGCAAAGUAUUUGAUAAAAAUAUUUUGAAUGAACAAAAGAAAAAUAAUUUAAUAAAUCGAAAAAAUGUCAUUUGGGAAACAUCUUAAAAUGAAUGAAUGAAUAAUAAAAGUAUGCGAAGGAUGCUAUUUUUUUUAAACUAAGUUUUAUUGGCAUGAGAAUGUUGCUGGGGAAACUCGAAUAGUUAAAAUUUGACAAACGUAAAUGAAUGUUAGUGUAAUGUGCUUACGUAGAGCAUUAAUCAUCGACGCUCUACGGUUUGUUGAUAAUAAAAUGAUUUUUGUUACGAGAUGGUGGAUGUGUAAUGUGUAAAAGUCAUCGACAAUCUAAAGGAUAAAAUACAAGAAAGACAUGAAUAUUAAUAUGCUAAUUAAUAAGAUUGUCGUGUAAGUGAGAGAGUAAAAAAAGAACGAAAUUUCUCAUUCAGGCGGGGAAUCAACUCGUGUAUGAAUGUUUCAUUUAAUAUAAAAUUUGUUGAAAUAUCAUCUAGCCACCACUCGAUGUCACUUUUUAUCUCUUUAGAUAACUAUGUUCCACAAAAGUUUGUUUAUCAAGAGAAAUUAUUUUAUUAAUGUAAUAAUAAAAUAUUUUCUUUGGAUUAAGAACUCGACUUUUAAUUUACCAUCAGCAACCAUGAAAUGUAUUAACUCUUUGUAACAUGAAUCGCUCAAUAUUUUUGAAGUAUUGAAUGUUUUUUAGCUCUUUUUAUAAUAUAAAGAAAAGCAUUGUUUAAAUCGAAAAUAGUGCAGUGUUAUAAAAAAAAUACUUCAAGUGAAUAAUUUGUUUUUUUUAUAAUAAAUUAAUACUAAUCAUGUGUCAUCAAAUCAAAUGACAAAUCAAAUUGUACGUAUGAUUAUUAUUUAAUGAAUUAAUUAAAUUUCGAUGGAAUUUAUUGUGCGGAAUGUUCAUACACGAGUAAUGAAAGUUAUUAAAUCUAUUAAUUAAAAUGUUUGAAAUAAAAUUGGCACGGAAGAACUAGAAAAUGAAAUGAAUGAAUUGCCAUUUGACUAGUAUUGUUAACGAAAUCAAAUUUGAUUUCAAAAAUUUCGAUUAAAAAAUUAAAUCUUGAAAAUAAUGAAUAUCAUAAAUGUCAAAAGAUCUUUAAAUUUUGAAUAAUGAUUAAUAAAACGCUGUAAAGAGUAUCAUACAAAUACAUAAUAACAAAAAUAUGAGUGUGUGGAAAAUGACUUUCCCUAUAAGGGCGACAAUUCGCUGCGUGGCAUCGUUAGACACAAAUUUUAUAUCGAAGAGAUUUAAAAAAAAAACAUCAAAAUAAACUAAAUAAGUAAAAACACCACA